AACGUUUAGAGCAAAGUGUGUAUAGUGCAGUCAGACGAUUUUCGCGGACCUCAAUUUGUAGAUUAUAUCCUAAAUGAUUCAUUAUUACUUAAACAUAUUUUACCCGUGCAGUUGAAUCCAUCACCGGUGAAUCCAUGGCUACAUUUGCAAGUGUACGAGCCAGCGAUGUUAUCACAGAAUUCAUGCAACUGCACCGAGGAGUACAUAUGUAGAGUUAACUUUGCGGACAACACUCAUCGCUGUGAAUGCCAGAAAGGAUCAUCUUCAGGCGCAUGCGCAAACGCCACACGCGUAAAAUCGUGCGAUUCAAGCCCUUGCAAAAACAAUGCAACCUGCAUCAACAAGGAGGACAACUCUGGCUACAACUGCACUUGUUCUGCUGGGUUUACAGGAAGUGACUGUGAAACUCAAGUAAAACCAUGUGAUACAAUUCCUUGCAAAAACAAUGCAACCUGCACUAACAAGGACGACAACUCUAGCUACAACUGCACCUGUUCUACUGGGUUUACGGGAAGUGACUGCGAAACUCAAGUGAAACCAUGUGAUUCAAGUCCUUGCAAAAACAAUGCAACCUGCAUUAACGACAAAGAUAACUCUGGCUACAACUGCACUUGUUCUGCUGGGUUUACGGGAAGUGAUUGUGAAACUCAAGUUAAGCCGUGUGAUUCAAGUCCUUGCAAAAACAAUGCAACCUGCACUAACAAGGAGGACAACUCUGGCUACAACUGCACUUGUUCUGCUGGGUUUACCGGAAAUGACUGUAUAACUCAAGAUAUUGACGAAUGCGCGAAGGGUUUACACGGUUGCCAUGCUAACGCUACAUGUGAUAAUAUCGCUGGCUCGUACACUUGCAAAUGUAGCCAUGGAUUCACCGGUGAUGGAUUCAACUGCACGGAUAUUGACGAAUGCGCGAAGGGUUUACACGGUUGCCAUGCUAACGCUACAUGUGAUAACAUCGCUGGCUCGUACACUUGCAAAUGUAGCCAUGGAUUCACCGGUGAUGGAUUCAACUGCACGGAUAUUGACGAAUGCGCUAGGGGUUUACACAGUUGCCAUACCAACGCUACCUGUGAUAACAUCGCUGGCUCGUACACAUGCAAAUGCAGUCCUGGAUUCACCGGUGAUGGAUUUAACUGCACGGAUAUUGAUGAAUGCGGUGGAGGGUCCCAUGGUUGCCAUAGAAACGCUCUCUGUAUCAACACACCGGGUUCGUUCAUCUGCAGGUGUAAAAAUGGUUACCUUGAAAACGGAUCAAACUGCAUCGCGGCCUCUUCGUGCAGCGCCAUCAAAAGCGCCUCUCCCAAGUCCUCCAGCGGCACGUACACCAUCGACCCUGACGGUCCGGGGGGUCAACCAGCGUUCAAAGUGUACUGCAACAUGACUGCUAAUGGAGGGGUGGGGGUGACGGUGAUCAGUCAUGAUAGCGAGUCCCGUACCUAUGUCCAGAAUGGCCUCUCGCCUCCCGGAUCAUACUCCCGUCACGUUAGUUACUAUAAUGCAACCUGGGAUCAACUGAAAAACCUCACAGAUGUCUCCACCCACUGCGAGCAGUACAUACAGUGGGAUUGCUACGAGACGAUGUUCAUUGCACAUGGUUACGCAUGGUGGGUGUCACGUAACAAUGCCAAGAUGACGUACUGGGGAGGUGCUACUCCCGGGAGUAACAAGUGCGCAUGUGGGAUGACGUCAUCGUGUGCUAGCCCGUCUAAUGGAUGUAACUGCGACAGCAAUGACAUGACAUGGCGCAGUGACGGAGGUCUGCUGACGGACAAGACGGCUCUGCCCGUACGCGAGAUGAGGUUCGGCGAUUUUGACAGCUCAUACGAGGAAGGAUAUCACACCCUUGGCAAGCUUAAGUGCUAUGGGAUAUCGCAGGCUUAGAGAGCGGUGUAAUCGGCUAAUCUUGUGCUCAUUACACAAACUAGCCUACUUGUAGGCUUUGAUAGUUUUUCCGGCACGAAAACCACACG